UGAUUUUCACACAGACUGACUGAGGGCUUGGUCACAACUUCUACUGUGUGAACACUGUGCUACUUCUGCAGCAGGUUCAAGAUGAGGUGUUCCCUGUGGUCAUUUUGGAGUGCCAGUUUGCUUUUCUGUCUGGGUCUGCUUCUGCACUGUGAAGCCAUUGUGCACACUGAAGUACAGGCUGGGCCACUGUAUCGCGUGUUGGGCUAUCCACUCUCCAUCUCCUGCAAUGUGAGCGGCUUUGCCAGUUCCAGCACUCGAAAAGAAUUUGAAUUCCGUAUUGCGAAGCCUGCAAAACCAACAUUUGAGGUCAACAUCAUCAGCACUGGAGACCAGAGCUUUGGCUAUGCUAUGUAUGCAGACCGUGUGAGGAGAAAUGAAAUUACUCUGACACAUGUGUCUUCAAACUCAGUCCUCUUUGAGAUACAGAGUCUGCAGAAAGAUGAUGAAGGGGAAUAUGAGUGUAGUGUAAUCAACUCAGAAGGUUCUUAUGCUGGAACCUACACUGCCAAGACAAUAGUUAAAGUGCUUGAGAACUCCCUAAGUGUUUCGUCACCUGUCUCCACAUCACUGAGCUAUAAUGAGGGUGAUGCUCUCACUUUAACAUGCCAAGCCUCCAGCAACACCAUCCAGCACACCCAUUUGUCCUUUGCCUGGUAUCUACAUAGAGACGGUGAGCAAGAUGCUCAGCCUAUCAUUUCUCUGGACAGAGAUUUCACAUUGGGGCCAGGCCGGGGCUUUGAAGGGCGUUACCAAGCUGGGCUCAUAAGGUUAGAUAAAAUGGGAGAGGCCACAUACAGGCUAAACAUGGCUCAGCUGGACCUGUCGGACCAAGGUAGGAUCUACUGCCAGGCUCAGGAGUGGAUCCUAGAUCCUGACCGCUCCUGGUACUCUAUCGCAAGGAUGAAUACAACGGAAACUAUCCUAAAUGUCAGAGCCAGAGAGGUAGUGCCAGACACUUCGUCAUUGGUGGUGAGAAUCUCAACAGAGAAGACAACUCUAAAGGAGGGGCAGGAACUGUCACUGUCCUGCAAUGUAGACACACAGAAUCUGGCGGGAAGGUUCUUUUCCGUGGCUUGGCUCUGGGGAAAUGUUGAGCUGGCCCGCAUUGGCCCUACAGGCGUUCUGUCUGUGGGCCCCGAGUACAGUACUCGAGUAAAAGAAGGAGAGCUCAGGGCCGCCCGGAUCAGUGACAGAGAUUACCGUCUCAUAUUGCAACCUGUCAGAACUGAGGACCAGGGAGAAUAUUUAUGUAGGGUAUGGCCUCAGGACAGAGGACAGGACGACGCCUUUACACAGGGAGAAGCCAAGGAUUCCAGCCCCCUGCUGAUCAACAUCUCAGCCACAGAAAGUGGGCUCUCAGUGGAAAUGCAACGCAAUGUGAAUGUUAAGGAAGGUGACAGGCUGAAACUCACCUGUAAAGUGGGUGAGGUUAACGGUGAUGUAUCCAUCACCUGGCAACACAAAUCCACAUCAACAGCUGCGUUUACCAGUAUCAUCAGUCUAAGUCAGAAGGGUGUUAUGGAGAUAGAGAUGGAGUUCAUGAGUCGCAAAGUACGGGCAACACGUCCAGCAACUGACACCUUUAUCCUAGAGCUUGAUGAGGUCACCACCUCUGAUUCAGGUGUCUACCAGUGUGAUGUGUCUGAAUGGAAAGCCUACAGCAAGACCAACAGCCAGUCAGGAAGUGCCACUGUGACAGUGGCUGCUACAGAGUCAUUUGUGAAAGUGAAUCUAAUCAGUCGCAACAGCAGAGUGACUGUUGGAGACGACGUGGAGAUAUUGUGUCGGGUCAGAGGAUCUCUUGUGCCAACAACAGUGAUUUGGACCCUGCAGCGGGAUGCCCAAAUCAUAGAUAAUAUCCUGACACUGAACUCUGAUGGUGACAUCAGCUGGUCUGGAGACCAGCAGGCCUACCAGGUGAAAGUACAAAACAAAGAGAACGAGGUCAUUUACUCUCUGGUUAUAAAUGGUGCAAGCCACAGAGAGGCAGGAACUUACCAGUGUAGGGCGUCUGUCUUCCUGGAGAAUGUGCACAAGAAGCUGCAUCCAUCCAACGACCUGGCUGUGAUGGUACAGAACCCAGAGAGCAACCUCAUUCUGACUUCUUUCCCAAACUUGACAAGAAAUAUCAACACCGAUGUACAAAUAAACUGCUCAGUCACUUCAAAACACUUUGCAUCCACUCGCUAUGCUGUCACCUGGUUUCACCAGCAAUCGGCAGAAAAUAAGACCAUCGUAAGCUCAGACCGCGACGCCCUAGAAACAUAUGGGACUCUGAGCAACAGACAACGAAUCAGCAUGAGACGCACUAAGGGCCCUAGUUUUGAGUUGACUAUUCGGCAAGCUCAGCUCUCAGACAGCGGCUUAUACAUAUGCGAGGUGGUGGAGUGGCUACAAGAUCCUCGUGGUACUUGGUAUCAGCUCUCGCAAGUGUCCAAAAUCACAAAUCUAACAGUCAUUGAGUCUGGAGAAGCUGUCUUUGAGGCACAAUGCAAGACAGGUACCUGGAUAGGAAUUCUUCUACCUUUUGUUGUCUUCUUACUGUUGGUAAUAUUCCUGCUGGUGCUGAAGAUAUGCAGGAGGAAAGGCUCUGGAGGACAGAAGUCAGGCCCAUCUCUGUGGGCAGAGGACCACCCUCUGAACACCAAACCCAGUGCAGAUGAUUAAACCUCAUUGGCCAGAAGAGGAGAGGAGAGCAGAAGAGAGGAGCUAAGGAGGAAAAAUGCACUCUUAUUUUUUAUGCGCCACAUAAUUUAUGCAAUAAUGUUUUAUAAUUU